CAACCUGUAAUCUGCUUACGGGAAGGCAGUCGUACGUUGAGAAAGCACGUAGAGCGCACGUUGGUUGUACUCUCUCGCGGCCCGUUCGCUACAUAAACAAAUGAAUGAUGACGACGCUUAUCCAAUACGCCUACUCGAAGUCGGUUUUGGAUGAUAGUAUUUUGUUUUGAAAAAGUGGCGCGCACAUGCUUAAAGUUAUCGAUCCGAAGGACAAUAAUGUGUACAAAUUUCGAAAAUCUGUGAUAUCGUAGUAUUUAAGUGACAGUUUAUUUUUGUGAUAUAUUUAUUUAUUUACUAGCGGAUAAUAUUCAAUUAUGAUGCCGCCCGGCAGGAAGGCUGGAAAGAGGAGAGUUAAAAAACAAAACGUGAAACGGUGUUACUGUGAAGGACACUGUCCUGACAACCAGCACAAUGGAACUUGCGAAAUCAGAUCUGGAGGGGUAUGCUUCACUUCAGUGGAAGCAGUCUAUGACGACACGCAAGAAAAGGAAGUUCCCUUUUACACCUACGGAUGUUUCUCUGACGACGAAAGAGGACUUAUGCAGUGCAAAGGCCAUCUCGUCCCUCACGAACAAAGUAAAUCCAUCCAGUGCUGCAACGACAAAGACAUGUGCAACAUGGGCCUCAAACCCACUUACCCGGAACGACCGACGCCUCAAGCCCCCAGUUUCGGCUCUCCUGACAGCCUGCCCUUCAUCAUUCUUCUCACGACAAUAACGUUCAGCCUCACGCUGGUACUUCUUAUUGUAGCCAUAGUAUUCAUUAAGAAUCGCAAAAAAGAAGUACAGCGAAAGUUUGGUUUGUACACGAAAAACUAUCCAGUGGAAAAGUAUCCAAAUAUGGAAAUACAUGGACCUUUGGCGAAUUUAAUAGAACAGUCCAGCGGCUCGGGAUCAGGUUUGCCCAUUUUAGUACAAAGGACUAUUUCGAAACAGAUACAGAUGAUUCACUCAGUGGGGAAGGGGAGGUAUGGCGAAGUUUGGUUGGCCAAGUGGAGAGGUACGAGGGUUGCCGUCAAGGUAUUUUUCACAACGGAGGAACAGAGCUGGUUCAGGGAGACAGAGAUAUACCAGACUGUGCUGAUGCGCCAUGACAAUUUACUGGGGUUCAUUGCUGCUGACAUCAAAGGUACUGGCAGCUGGACUCAGAUGUUGUUAAUCACAGACUAUCAUGAGAAUGGUUCCCUCUACGACUAUCUCCAAGACCACAGCCUGGACCCCAACAGUCUCUACUUGAUGUCCUACAGCAUAGCAUCUGGCCUUUCACAUCUCCAUACCGAAAUAUUCGGGACCAAAGGAAAACCCGCCAUCGCACAUCGAGAUAUUAAAAGUAAAAAUAUUUUAGUGAAACGUAAUGGAGAGUGUUGCAUUGCGGACUUUGGCUUGGCUGUUAAAUUUUUGUCAGAUACCAAGGAGAUAGAUGUACCUCCUAAUGUGCGUUCUGGAACAAGACGUUAUAUGGCUCCGGAAUUACUUGACAGGACAAUAGAUAUGAACAACUUUGGGGCCCACAAGAUGGCAGACAUGUAUGCUUUCGCUCUUGUUCUGUGGGAGAUGUCGAGGAGAUGUGUUACUGGUGACAAGUUCAAAGACGCCGAUGAUUAUCAAGUGCCAUAUUACGAUUGCGUUCCUUCAGAUCCUUCGUUUGAGGAUAUGCAGCAAGUGGUUUGUGUGAAAAAAAUCAGGCCACAAAUUCCAUUGAGGUGGGAAAGUGAGGACGUUUUACAAACUUUGUCGAAAGUUAUGUAUGAGUGCUGGCACCCAAAUCCUGCAGUUAGACUGACAGCUUUGAGAGUGAAGAAAACGUUAUCGAAGUUAGAAACGGACACAAGUAUAAAAAUUGUAUAGUGGUUAUACAUUGUUUUGUUUUGUGUAGAUUAGAUAUCUAUAAUCUCCAGUGUGGGGUUAUAUAUCUGGUUUGACAAGGAGAGUUGUACAUAGUGGGUUUCAUAGUCACUUAUUUGAUAUAUGUAUAUGUUUCAACCAAAAAUCAAGUAGGUUAAACUUAUAUCUCUAACAAUGUGAAUCUUUUUGAUAAUUUGAUGACUUUGUAAUCAAAUAGUUUUACGUAUUUUGUACAAACCAAUAGCUUUAAUUUGAUCUUUGAACUGGAUAUGUAACUUCAUUUGUAGUAUAGUUCAAAAUUGUACAUAUGACAAAUAAGUUGUACAUAUUAUUGUUUAUUAGUUAAAAUUUAACUAUCAAAGUCCAAGUACCUAUACAUUCAUAUAAAAAGUCCAGUUGACCAUACUAAAACAUAAAGACAGUAGCUCAAAAAUUGAUUAGUUUGCUAUACCCUUCAAAAAUUAUAGUUUAGCAUAAGAAUACUUUCGAUUCAAUAAGCCAUUUAAAACCAAGCAGAGACCCUUUGUUUGUCGAGUACCUUGUAUGAGACAAUAUUCAUUUAAUUCGAAUACAAAUGUUCAGGGAAAUAUUCUCAGAUGCCAUACACAAAUAAGUAGCCUAUUCCUAAUGAUGUGCCAUUAAAACUUUCAAUUUUUGAGUUGCUGCUGCCUCAAACAUUGAUAAGCAUAAAAGAACACUAAAAUUCUCUGGUGCUCUGUGACAAUCUCAUAAUUUCUUUCCUAAUUUUGUACAAACAUUUUUAUCCACUCGUUAAUAAAGCACCAUGAUUAUAUUUGAAGAGGAAAUUUUCGUCAAAAAGCUGCUCAAUUAACAAAAAUCGUGCAAUUUCAGUUUUUGUGUUUUCAAUUGACUUAGUUAUUUCUUGGUAGGCCGUGUGACUAUUAGAAUGUGCAUUUAUUAUAAAAUCUUGUAAAUAUGAUGUAACUUGUUUUAAUGAUUUGUGAAAUAUACAAAAUUUGUUUGAAUGUGCGAUAUAUAUCUAUAUAUAAUGCAAGACUGAUAUUUUGGAAGUUGUAUGUUUUUGUGCAUCAAAUGAUGUAAUAAAUAGUUUAUAGAUAA